AUGCCGCCCAGGCCGGGAAAAGACGAAGGAGACCACCCGCCCAUCACACCCAUGCGCACUGCGGACGAGGGCGAGCUGGGCGGUGGGGACGCGUGGCGGCUGUAUGACCUUGUAACGAGGCACUUUAUAGGGAGCUUCAGCCCUGACUGCCGGAUUGCAAGGACACGUGUCACCUUCUCAGUGGCUGGGGAGCACUUCUCAGCAUCGGGACGAAAGCUGCUAUCCGCGGGAUUCACUGCAGUCAUGCCGUGGCUGGCUGUGGGGGAUGAGGGCCUUCCAGCCUUCGUGCAAGGGGAGAGUGUUGCCCUCAGCGCAGUGGAGCUGUAUGAGGGCCGUACCUCUCCGCCUGACUAUCUGACAGAGAGCGAGCUUAUCGGGCUGAUGGAGCGACACGGCAUUGGCACAGAUGCGUCCAUCCCCGUUCACAUCAACAACAUCUGCGAGCGGAAUUAUGCGCAG